ACACCAGGCUUGCCACCUCCUGACGUCUCUAAUGAUGCCUAAUGGCUGGAACCAAUAGGCAAUGUGAUGGGGCUUAUGGCCCCAGACCGGGUUGGCUAUUAAUCAAAUACGAGUGCGAACAUAACCUGCAGUCCGGCUCCGUGGAGAUGAGGCGUGCUUGGAUCCUAGCCUGCAGACGGCAAUGCCCACGCUGCUGUGGCUCAGAGGCAGCUGCACACUGGUUUUGCAUCGUCCUAGGAGGUUUGAACCCGUCUUCACAAGACUUGCGAGUCAUGAUGGCUCCAGCCAGUUCAGGGGCUAGGCUUUGGACGUGCUGCUAUUGCGAAUGUCUCUCACCGAUGAUCAUUCAGCAAAUUCAGCCUCUAAUCCAAACAAAGGUAACAGACUCUCCAUACUCCAAGACAGUUGCUUCCCGUGGGUGCCUCGAGCAUAUGCGACUGGCUCCUUCCAUGCCUAAAACUGGGCAGUGGUUGCGUACAUCAUCCUCACUAGCAACGAGUCGUGGCAGAAGUAGGGCAUCUGGUGCUUGGGAACUCAAUUAACAUAGGCCGAAAACGACAUUUGACCACGCAAUGAUCCCUGGCGUUAUCUCCUCAAUCCAGCCAAUGUCUCUUCUCAUCUCACACACCAAUUCAUUGCCUCUGAACACAAAACUACGACCUGUUCGAGGCGAGCCUCCUUUGGGCAGGUGGAUUUCGACCCCGUGCACGAAAACUACUGGGUCUCCUGUAAGUUGAACAGGCAGCUGCAUCGUGAAUAUACUCCAACCCUGUCGAAUGGUACUCUAGGAUACAGACCCCAGCACUGCCGGCGUUCUAUGAAUUGGAGCUUUGGGAGAUACUGACUUGGUCCUCCCUUUCUACAACAGCCCCUGUUCGGCAAUCUGCAGAAUUAGAACUAGGGGGAUACUGAAAAUGCUUUUUCAUGAACCAGCCAACUCACAACCGUCAAGUCCUGCAUACCUGGUCUCUUUAU